GUUUCCCUCGUCGAGCGCUCCAGAAAGUUCUUCACAGCGGCGCGGCUUAUAAGUACACGCAGUCCUUCCCGGUCUGAUUCACAGUACCUCGCGCGCUUUGGCAGAAACACACACAAAAAAAAGAAAAAGCAUCUGGCUGGAAGACUCUCCUGUCAACCACAAAGAAAGACGAUAUUUAGCUUUGCGGCUUAGAUAAAAAGGUGAGCAACGAUGGUUCACGAAACCGCCUUUUACGAUCUCUUGGGUGUCAGCCCAAAGGCUUCAGCGGACGAAAUCAAGAAAGCCUACAGGAAGCUUGCCCUGAAAUAUCACCCCGACAAGAAUCCGAAUGAAGGAGAGAAGUUCAAGCUCAUUUCUCAAGCAUACGAGGUGCUGUCUGACCCAAAAAAGAGGGACCUGUAUGACCACGGAGGUGAACAGGCUAUCAAAGAGGGCGGCAUGUCAGGAGGCUCAUCUCCCAUGGACAUAUUUAACAUGUUCUUUGGAGGUGGAGGAAGAAUGCAAAGAGAGAGGAAAGGGAAGAAUGUUGUUCACCAGCUUUCUGUAUCGCUGGAAGAGAUGUACAAUGGGUCAACAAGGAAGCUUGGACUUCAGAAGAAUGUUAUUUGUGAGAAAUGUGAUGGUUACGGUGGCAAAAAGGGUGCCCUGGAAAAGUGUGCAAACUGCAAAGGAAGAGGAGUUCAAGUCAAGGUGCAACAGAUUGGACCAGGCAUGAUUCAGCAGAUCCAAAGCAUGUGUCCAGACUGCCAGGGUCAGGGGGAGAAGUUUAACUCCAAGGAUCGCUGCAAGAACUGCAACGGACACAAAGUAGAACGACAGAAGAAAAUUCUGGAAGUUCAUAUUGACAAAGGUAUGAAAGACGGCCAGAAAAUUACAUUCCACGGUGAAGGUGACCAAGAACCUGGACUAGAGCCUGGAGAUGUUAUCAUUGUUCUGGAUCAGAAGGAUCACCCAGUGUUCCAGAGACAAGACAAUGACCUAGUAAUGAGGAUGAACCUGAAACUUGUAGAGGCCUUGUGUGGAUUCAGGAAGACCAUUCAGACGUUAGACAACAGAACGCUAAUCAUCAGCACACAGCCAGGAGAGGUCAUCAAGCACAACGAUUUUAAAUGCAUCCAGAAUGAGGGAAUGCCAUUAUACAGGGAUCCCUAUGAAAAGGGCCAACUUAUCAUUCAGUUCCAGGUGGAGUUUCCAGAUAAGCACUGGCUACCAGAGCACCUAAUGUUCCAGCUGGAAAGGCUUCUCCCGCCUAGGGAAGAUGUCAUGAUCACAGACGACAUGGAGGAAGUGGACCUCUGCGACGUUGCUGUACAGUCGCACCAGAAACAGUACAGCAGAGAGGCGUAUGAGGAAGAUGAAGAUGCUCCAAGAGGUGGAGUGCAGUGUCAGACGCAGUGAUUGUAGUUAACACUACCUCUUUGUAAUGCAUGUACAGGUGUUUUAAUUACAAAAAAGUUAUUUUCUUUGCUUACUAAUUUGUAUAUUAAAGUUCCUGUUUUCAAUGCAAACCAUGGCAUUGAGCUUGGAGCAGCUGCCAAUUUUGUCUUCUUGGGAUCCUGAGUGUGCACAUAAGAGUCCUGAUGCCACAAAGACUGUUUCUGUUUAACACUUAGAUUUGUUUUUCUUUGGUUUUGUUGGUCCAAAUGUUGUGUUUUAAAAUCUGAAAUAUGACUUUUUAUGCUUUCUAUGAAGGUUAUGUCAUAAGAGUUGUCAAUAAAGUUUAAAUGUUUAAGAAUA